GCCGCUCCGGCCAUCAGCGUCCGGGAGCGUGGCCGGCAAGAGGAGGCAACUGCUCGGAGGGAGGCGCUGGAGGACUUCCACGCCUUCCUCACCCGGAAGUUCCGCACGCUGGUGGCGGCCUGGCGUCAAGGCCUGGACGCCGACGCAGAUGGGCGGCUUCGAUUUCCCGAGUUCUGCAAUGCGUGCAAGCGCCUCGGCUACCGAGGCAAGCUGAAGACUUUGUGGAGAGCGCUCGACACAAGCAGUGUCGGAUAUCUGACACUCCGACAUAUAGACAAAGUUGCUGACGCAGGCCUGGACGACUUCAGAUCUUUCUUGGAGGACAACUUUCGGACGUUGGACGAUGCUUGGGAGAGAGUCUUUGACACCGACAAGUCUGGAAGGUGCAAUGAGAGUCGCUUCGUGACUUCCUGCAAGGAGCUCAAAUAUCACGGCAAUGCGCUGCGCGUGUUCAAGUGGCUGGAUGUCAGCGGCAGGAGAGAUUUGUACAUAGAUGAUUUCGACAUUCUAGGUCUGCGCCGUCGUUCAGAAACUCUGAACCCAUCCGCGGAGCAGCGCGUCCUGGAACGUCAAGCGAAGGAUCGUGCAGAGGCAGAGGCCAUGCUCGGGAGAUUCAAGCUCUUCCUGAACCAGAAGUUUGGCAACUUGGUCCGGGCAUGGAGACAUCUGGACUCGGAUGGCAACGGGCGAGUCCAGUUUACAGACUUCUGCCAGUCUUGCCGCCAUAUGGGCUUCCAAGGCAAUCUGAAGGCCCUUUGGCUUUCCUUGGAUUCUUCAGACAAGGGGGAGGUGUGUCUGGACAACUUGGAUCCUGACGCGGUGACCUGCCUGUUGGACUUCACACGCCUGCUGCGAGUCUACUUCGAUGACUUGGACUCAUGUUGGCUGGCUGUCCUUGACCCUGAUGCUUCUGGACGCUGCAGCUUGGAGGAGUUUGAGCGCGCUUGCAGGACCUUGGGUUACAUUCGUGAUGCCAAGCAGCUCCACCGAUAUCUCGACAUUCACAACACGGGCGUCGUCACCAUUGAUGAGAUGGAGGUGCUUGGGCUUCCCAGAGCUUCCCAAGAGGAGGCCCAGGCCAGAGCCAAGGUUCAGCCUGGCGAAGCAAGGGAGGAGCUCGACCGGAUCCUCCAGGCCAACUUCGGUCCCAGUGCUGUGCAGGGCUGGCGCAAAGGUCUAUGCCUGGGGCCAUUGGCGCAACAGUGGACGGAGGAGAUGAGCGCGGAGGAGUGCUACACGUGGUAG